GUUACUCUGUCUUCACCAUCACGCAUCAUGUCCACAGAAAUCGAGGAAACAGCGGCCAACUCGAACGAACUAGACACCUCCAGGGAGAGGAAAACGAGCAUGAAGCAGGCUCGUCUCGACGACAUGAUCAAUAUUAGGCAGGACAAGCAAGAAGGACCACCCACCAAGAAGGCAAGGAUGGACUCCGGGCAACACGAUUCAGCUACUGUGGAGAGCAAAGAGGAUUCUGUACCUUCGGGGAAGGACGCCGAGGCACGCCGUCUUAAGCAGACUUACCAAACAGGUGUGCUCGAGAGAGGGAAUGUAUACUUCUUCUACCGGCCGAAGGUGGAACUACAGCAGGCGCAUUCAGUGGAGGAAGUACAGCGCUUCUUCAUUCUACUUCUACCUGAAGGGUCGGGGGACGGUACACUGCCAGAGAAAUUUGAAGACACGACGAACGGAACGGCGAGUAGUGAGGGUCCGACUAGGGACAAAUACUACCGGCUGUUGGUGGUUGGGAAGAAGCGCCUUCCUGAUCCUGAGGGAAAGAGUGUCUUCUGGGGCAGCACUUCAAUAGUCGGCCACGACCUGAAGCGGCUCCAGGGCGAGUUAGGCGGGGAUGUUUACGAGACAGCAACCAGAGGGACACGACACCAAGGUCCCGCACGUCUCGCGGGCCGCGGAGCGUACGCGAUAGUGAACAACGACCCAAAGGCUCCGUCCGUGCGCGAGACGCACCUCGGCUACCAUCUGUCACACCCUACGCCCGAAGACUGGGGAGAGGUCCAAGCCGCUCUCAACAUACACACAGCCGCCUCGUUCCAGCUGCAGGUGAAGAAUCCGCUCGCCCCGACAACGGGCCAGGCGAGCAUCGGAUUACCUGAGGAGGAGAGAGUGAAGUACCCGGAGCAGAUCAUGACGGAGGUGUUUGGAAAGGGAGGGCGAAGGGGCGUGGAUGAGUACGGGCUCCGGUUCGCGUGUGUAGAGAGGAAGCAGAUGCUCAACUACGAAGGUGUGGAGUUGCUGUUCAUCCCUGCGGGUAGCGGAAGGCAAAGCGUCGGGGAUCAUCUAGGCCAGGAGCAGAACGAAGCGACGGAGAAAGCCAGCGGGAAGGAGAGCCGGGAAGGCGUUGAGCAGAUAUUCAAGGAACUUGCUAUGAACGCCGAAACGAUACCUGCAGAACCACUCGGUGGUCAAUGGGCAUGA